UUUGGAAUUUCACUCGGACGAUCCUCCUGGGGAAAUACAAGUGGCCUUGGAAUUCACUGAACAUUAUGUAACUGAAAAGUUCGGUUCAAGUCAGACGUGUCAAUUUAUUGUAAUUACAGAUGGUCGAAUACCACAAGAUCCGGAUUUCACUCAAAAUUCAGAGUCCUAUGCAGCUAAAUUUCAUAAUCCUCUUUGGCGGCUUCACAUUAUUUGCUUAGCGGAUGAAGUUAGUAAAGAUGAUCAUUCAAAGCAAAUUGACUGUACAUUACAACGGUAUAAAAAACUUUUGAACAGACAUUUGCCGUCCAGAGUUACCAAAAAUCACCCUAAAGGUGAAUUUACUCUCGAAAGAGAAGGUGCCUUUUAUUUCUUAUUGUAUCCCCAUACUGCAUAUAAAAUUACGGAUGCUAUUAACGUGAUUGCCGAAAAAUACCGUAUCCUUGCUUUGCAUGAUCAAAUGUGUAUAUUGGGUCUUGCCUUGAAAAUGGGUAUCCUCUCACUUGGAAAAAUAACCAUGUCAAUACACAUAUAUCCUAUUAUCCAUGUUGAUGAUGAUGUACAACAAUCGAUAAAAAUUAUGUCUGUUGUGGGAUUUAAGCCAAAAGAAUCACUCCGAGGGGAGUCUACUUAUCUACGCUUUUGGAUGUUUUUGAAUGAUGAAAUUAAUGAAAAUGGGUGUAAUAAUGAAUAUUUUCACGUCUUAAGUUCAUCACUAAGAAAAGAAAAUCGGGUAGCAAUCGUUUGGUUGCAAAACAACACCUAUGCCACAAUGGAAGCAUCAUCUUCUGAAUCAUAUUUCUAUUUUACGAUGUAUUCACAUGAAAGUGCAAAAAAUUUGAUGACACCAUCACCGAUGCCUAUAAAUACACAACCAAAAAGCUAUUUAUCUAACAACAUCGAAUUACCUAAAACAGAACUUAUUGAGUUAGUUAUAUAUGUCAUAGCAAAUGUUCAUAUACUUUCUUUUAUUUAUGCUCUUCCAAGUAUUCAGCAAAUAUCAAGGAUUACUGAUAUGUUUUGUUAUAUAUCGCUUCGGGAAAAAGUAAUUGAGAAUUUGCAAGACUUACGAAUUCAGUCGCCAGAAGCCGAGAACCGAGCAAUCCUUACGCAAUGCUUACAAUUACUAGGUGAUACCGAUUUUGAGGAGGAAGAUGAUGAGGACAUUGAAGCAAUGGAUUAUGAAGAAGAAAGAGAAGAUCCUGAAGAUUACGAGGAUCGUAAAGAUGAGGAACGUAGUAAUUCUAGGAUUUCACUCAAUGAUUUGCUAAAUUGGUGA